CAAGGUCCAUGCUGGCGUAAUCUUUGUGUGAUUGUUUUUUGGUGCAGCCUCAGAGUUUGCAACAGCGCAGUUCCCAUGACGAAUUGUUUUGGCAUGCUCGGCAGGGUUUUCCAGCAGUUGUUUUUGCAAGGUUUUUUGCUGAAAUUUUGGAGCGGGCUGCCAGCACGCCUUGCCUUGCGCAUGAGCUUGCUCAGCAUGUAACACUGACAUCUGCUUGAAUUUCCAUUCAUGCUUACAAGUUGGAAAUUGUAAACAAUGUGACGUGUUGGUUUCUUUUUCAUGCAGUGACAUUUCGUCUUGACUUUUGUGAUUGAUUGCCCACAAUGAGACAUGCCCACAGAAAGCCAUGGUUUCUCUUCCUGCUCACGGUAGCUUCUGACCUGUGCUUCAUCCAGACGGUUCGCAACCGUGCACAUUCGAGCAUCGCCUUGAAGAGCAUUGGCAACGGAAGACCAGCACUACGUCCUCCGUUUCGGUUCCACACAUUGGCAAGCGAGGCUGCUAAAGAAGAAAGUCUGCCAGUCGAGCAGUAUUUAUCCAAUGUAAUGCAGCGGCAACAUGAAUUCAUGAAGACCAACGAAGUGGUUGACAGGGGCGAUUUUUUGCAGACACUGGGGCAAGCGAUGCGCACAAAAUAUUUUUCACUCGUACUUGGAGGGAAAAAUCUCGGUAAGACGCUGAUGCGCAAUCGAACCGUGUGCGAGCUUGAAAACGAGGCCAACGCAAACCUGACAAUCAUGGAUGGAUGUGAAUAUGAGGGAGCACCCCAGCAAGGAGCUCUUCAAUUCUAUCUUGGGCAGGGUGGCGUCCAAACGCCCUGAUUGGGCUGGAACCCUCAAAAAGGUGUCUUCAAGCCUUUCCAGCCUUACAAGUGCGGUGGUAAUUGGCACAAAUCCGGAGGUCAUGGCGCCAGCCGCUGCAACACCGAUGUCUGCUGCAGUAAAAACGCUGGUCGACUCAUUGACAUCGAGUGUCAGGGAGCAGACCUUGUCGGAGCUAGUAGACACCUUCCGCACGGAAGGCAAUGACACAUGCAUCCUCGUGGAUGAGGCCAACAUAGCACAUGCGCGAUGCGAGGCAAGCAUUGCAAUACUUCGUCAUGCUAACCAAGGAGCAAAAAAAAACCAGUGUGUUGCUCACCACUUCAGAGCUGGGCUAUCCUUUCCGGCUUCAAAACUGCGGCAUGAACCUGCAAGCUAUCAAAAACGUCAUCAGCGUGAACGAAGUACCCGAAGCGGACAUGCUGCAGCUCAUGGUGGGCAGAUGGGGCAUGAGUGAGGCCCUCGGGAAAGAGUUCUUUACCUACUUCGGUGGAAAUAUUGCGGUUUGCUCCGAAGCUGUCAAGCAGCUGGCAAGCAAAGGCAGUGCUUUUCAUCCGUUUUGCAUCCUAGACUGCCCGGGGUUACCAGCUUGCGCUGCUGACCCUGAUGCAAAGAAGCAUUUACAGAACAUGCUGGAACAGGGGUGGUCUCCAGUUUACGAUCUGAAGCUAGAUGCUGCUGCAGAGCUUCUUGCAGAAGAGAACGUAGGUGGCAUCGUUGCGAGGAGGGCAACGAAUUUCGACCAACCCAAAAACAUGUGGACUGGAGAGCAUAAAUAUGCCCUUGUACCAUCGGGCACGCUGAUGAGAUGGAUGAUUGGCGAGGAGCUGGCAAGGAUGGAGAGCAUGGGGAGCAUUGGCAGUGCCGCCUCGCAAUCCGCUGCGGUGGUCAGCUGGGAAGCCCUGGGCCUUACCAGCUGUGCGGUUUUGCUCUGCGUUCAUGUUCGAGAAAAGCUGUGAAGUCCACUGGACCGGAUUGCAGUUGUGCGUUGCAAGGACGGCAAGCUUGAGAUCCUUGGCGCGUUCAAAAUCACUGCUAGUGUUUCAGAUGUCCUCGGCUCAGCUGCGCCACUUUGCGAAGGAUCACCUCAGCUUUGUUUUGCCUUCGGAAAUGCUGCUUCAUGCUUCGCGGGGAUGUCAGGUGGAUGACUUGAAGAAGGCCCUGCGCCUAGAGCUUGUGAGCCUCGCCAGUCUUGAGCUUUCUGCGCUACCUUGAACUCUUCACUUUUGUGAGCCUCACUGACAUCACUGUAGGCAAUCGACCCUUCCUUCUCUCCGUUCCAAUCAUCCAAGAUUGGCAUUUACAGCCGGAAGGACGGCCGCUGGGUGAAAGAUGAUGAAGAUUCAGCAGUCGACCGUGGCAAAUCCAAGGCAGACGGCCACGGAUUCACGUUGCCAGCUGGAGCUGCUGGAGCCGCAUAGUUCGACACUUUUGAACUUGCAUUGUUGGCGACUGCUGGCUGUGGUCACUUGCUGUUCUCGGCUAAGGCAAUGCUGAGGCACACGUUUCACCUCGUGCAGUGACAAAAGGGUGCAGUUGCAGGCACAGUUGUUUCGUUGCAGUGCGGCUUUGCUUGACUCUUGAAG